CAAGCGUCGAAAGCCCCCUUCCACCGGCCGUCGCGUCUCGGGAGUGGGAGAGAAGCCAUCGAAAGACGGGGCUGCCCCCGGCGGUGCCUGAGUCGGGAUGGAGACCCCCCGCAACGCCCCCUUUUUGGAAGACAGCUUCACCCGCUUCUCUUCCCAAAGCAACGUCUACGGGCUGGCCGCCUUGCCCGGGGCGGCUCGCGGGGUCAGGCGAGGAGAAGAAGGCUCCGCAGGGGCGGGGUCGGAGGAAGCCGGGGGAGAGCUCUCGUCCCAAUGGGGAGCAGACCUUGCAACGGGGCCAGGACAGGCGGGGCCCCCCGGGGAAGGCCCGGUGGGGCUCCUGGCGGCCACCCUCAAAGGGAAAGUCAUUUAUUUCCGCUACCAACACAUGAAGUGGAGCCUGCGGCCGGUGGCCAGGGAGCUGCAGUUCACCUACAUCCCAGUUGAUGCUGAGAUUGUUUCUAUCGACACUUUCAACAAACCAUCUCCCAAAAGAGGCCUUGUCGUGGGCAUCACCUUCAUUAAGGAUUCGGGAGACAAAGCCAGCCCCUUCCUUAAUAUUUAUUGCGACUAUGAGCCCGGCUCCGAAUAUAAUCUGGAUUCUAUUGCACAAAGCUGCUUGAACCUGGAAUUGCAGUUCACACCUUUCCAGCUGUACCAUGCACAGGUCCAAGUUGCUGAUCGGCCAGAGACUGUCUUCCUCCUGAGUGGAAACGAUCCUGCGAUUCAUCUUUACAAAGAGAAUGAAGAGCUCCAUCAAUUUGAGGAGCAGCCAGUCGAGAAUCUAUUUCCAGAGCUUAAGGAACUGCCCAGCAUUGUCCUCUGGCUCGACGUCUGUAACAUUCCCCAUUCGGGGCAGCGGAUCACAGCUUUUGGCUGCCAGAGCGGAUACAUCCGGGUCGCUCAGGUCGAACCAGCUGAGCGAGUGGUGCUGCAGAGCUGGAGCAUCCAACAGGACGGUCCCAUCUCCAAGGUCCUGGUUUUUGAUCUUCCAAGCAUCAGCCAGCCGGAUGACCCCUCUGGGAUGGUGUCUUCGAGAGGCAACACCGAUCCCAAUCCUCCAAUCUACAGCGUCCUCGUAACCAGCACGCUCGAACUCUCGGUGGUUUACCGGAACGUGCUACACAGUGGUCUGGAGGACCAGUUGGUCUUACCCCUGAGUAACCAGUAUGACAGCGUGCUCUGCGCGCUGGUGACAGAUGUCGACUUCGAUGGCGACCUGGAGAUCCUGCUGGGCACCUAUGGGCAGGAGCUUUUAUGCUACAAAUACCGGACUGAAAUCACGGCGAGACCCCACUGUUCCCAGCAGCCUCGCGGGGACUUCCACCUCCUGUGGCAGCGCUCUUUCCCCAGCCCUUUGUUGUCCAUGGACUACGUAGACCUGACCAGCGACGGACUCUGCGAGCUGGCCGUGGUGUGUCUGAGGGGGCUGCAUAUACUCCAGCACAGCCUGGCCGACGUCGUCCGGUGCCUUCUGAAGCGCCUUCAGGAAGAGGCAGCAAAGCGGGCGUCCCAACCGAAUGGUCCCGUACAGGACCAAGAUUCCGGAGUUGAAGCUACGGAUGGCCAAAGACCAAGAACAUGAGGUCCUGGCUGUGCCUUCCACCCCUGCACCCCCUCCCCCACCCCCCACCCUCCCCUUCUCUUUUCAUCCCCAAGAAAUGAGGAAUGGAAUCGGGAGACCUCACCUCACCCAAAGGAUUCUCCCCGCCUUCUCAUGGGUCCCGGAAAGAGCGUGAAAAUUUAAUUUAGGCGGCUGCGAAGGGCGGUGGAAAGAACCAAUCCCUUCCCAUGACACUUUUUCACUGCCACCGACACAAAAGGAUGUACCACAAGCACAGAAAGUGCUCUGCAGCCAGCAGACUUUAGCAAGUUAUUUGUCUCUGUGCCUCCAAGGGGGUGGGGGCUACUCUGAAUGUGUCACACCAUCAUAAAUAAAUAAAUUAAAUAUUUGCAAAGAUA